AGUGAUCCUGAGAAAAUAAAAAAGAGUUUGUUUCCAAGUCAGCAUGUCCGGGACAGAAACCAAAGCAGAGGUCUUCACGGUCGGUGGAUUGGAAGCUCAGGAGGCAGAGAGAGGCUCAAGCAACGCAGACAAGAAGAGAUGUUUGUAUGAGCAGCAUGUGCAGCCCUGUCUGGCCGAGCUGUUCGGGACCAGCCUGUUUGUGUUUGUGGGGUGUGCGUCUGUGGUAGGGAACGUGGGAAUAAGUGGCGUCCUCCAGCCUGCUGUGGCACACGGGCUGGUGCUGGCGGUGCUCAUCACGGUGUUUGGACAAAUUAGUGGGGGGCACUUUAACCCCGCCGUGUCCUUGAGCAUCUGCCUGUGUGGAGGGAUGGAGCUGCUUCGGCUGGUGCCUUAUAUCCUGGCUCAGAUGUGUGGAGGGAUGAUUGGUGCCGCUUUAGCCAAGGCAAUGUGCCCCACCAGCAGUUACGAUGCUGCCCUCGGAGGAGCCCUUCACCCCGGCACCAGUGAUCUGGGUAAAACCACGCUGGCAGAGGUGAUAAUGACUCUGCUCCUCACCACGGUGGUGUGCAUGGGGGCCGUCAACAGGCAAACCCGCUCACCGUGGGCUCCCUUCUGCAUCGGCCUCACUGUGACGGCCAACAUAUUUGCCGGAGGGAUGGUUUCUGGAGGCUGUAUGAACCCUGUCCGAGCCUUCGGCCCUGCAUUGGUCGCCAACCAUUGGAACCAUCACUGGAUCUACUGGGUUGGGCCCACGUGCGGUGCACUCCUCACUGUCAGCUUCAUCAGGUUGUUGUUUGGUGACCAGAAAACUCGGGUUGUACUGAAGUGAAUAUCUAAAAGAGAGAAAGGAAAAUCCUACUGACUUGAUGACAGCUUUUACAUUAACGAACAUUUCUCCAACUAUUAGAUUAGAACAUUUUUUAAUUCGUCAGCAAAAUGUGUGCAAAUGUAUUUGUACUUGGAUCAGCUGUUACUGUUGGCAAUGACAUGUUUGUAUU